UUACCUCGAACGCGCCAGUGCUCACAGUAUACAAUAGUACACAAUAGUACUAAGUGUUGCUUAGUACAGUUAUAGUUAUAGUUAUGAACAGCUGCUGUUGAUAAGUUUAUUUGAUUAGUUAAGUACAGUUGUUUUCACGGCCAUCGUCUUUACAUCAGUGCACUCGGCUUUUUUGUCCAUAGUACACGCAAUAGCAUCACAACAACAAUAAUAAAACAAUGUCUGAUAUAGAUGUAGAAGUGGACGUGGAUGGAGAAGAUGAGUUUCUUGAUGCUGAAGAUGAUGAAACGAUUCCAAGCCCGCAGGCUUUGCCGUCAUCAGAAGCAACUAGCACCGCGACGAUGGACUUAGAAACAGCAAUCAAAGAUGCUAAGCGGGCAACUUCUUUUUUUUUUAAUAAUGAUUUUGCGAGUGCUAAAAAAAUACUUGAACCUUGGGCGCACAAGAGUAUGUAUCACUCCCUGGGAAAUAGUGUAUUUGCAUGUCUUGAAGCUUUUCUAACUUUCGAACAGAAACAUAUAGAAAAGGCUGUGGAUACUUUGAAAAUUUGUAUGAAUGUUUGCUCAAAGCACCGACGUCACGUAACACUUACCCAGAAUAUCGGGAAAAUGGUGAAAAAAACCAACUACAACUUGUACACAAUCGAGGAGAUACAUGCUGAACUAUGCUAUGCUGAGUCACUAUUAUUGAAGGCGAUGCUUACAUUUGUCGAAGAUGAAACUCUUGUGAGUUUUGUCAAAGCCGGAUUAAAAAUACGUACAUGCUACCUUAUUUACAAAGAAUGUUUGACAAUUCUUACAUCACGGAAAUGGAAAAAUGAUAUUGAACGGGUACACUUUGAAAGUGGUGUACAUAUGGGAAUUGGUACUUUUAAUUUGAUGAUAUCACUUUUACCAGGACGUAUUAUUAAACUAUUAGAAUUUAUUGGAUUUUCUGGUGACAAGAUCAAUGGAUUAACGGAAUUAGAAAAAGGAUAUGAAGAUCGUAGAGGAUUACGUCAAGUACUUUGUGCAAUGACACUAUUAUCGUACCAUCUAAUAACGUCAUUCGUACUAAGUCACCGCGAUGGUGAUCUCGACUGGUGUGAUAAGGCAUUAAAAAACGAAUUGCACCAUUAUCCAGACGGUGUCUGGUUCUUGUUUUUCAAAGGUCGUCUCGAAUUUAUGAAAGCCAAUAUUGAAAAUUCGAUCCAGUGGUAUGAAAAAUCAUGGAAAAGUCAAAAUAUAUGGCCACAAUUCCACCAUUUAUGUUUCUGGGAGCUCAUGUGGGCACAUUGCUGUCAACAAGACUGGGAUUCGGCAUUAUUUUACGCCCAGUCGCUGGCUGAGCAGUCCAACUGGUCGCGUACUAUUUAUUUGUACCAGCAAGCUGUGCUGAUGAUAAUGAAACAGCAGCAGAAUGAAAAGGAUCAGCCCCAAAAAGUUUCUUCCGCUGCCGACCUAGAAAAAAUUAGUAGUUUGAUGACCCAAGUACCUACAUACAAACAAAGAAUAGCUGGUAAAUCAUUGCCUAUGGAGAAGUUUGUAGUUAAAAAAUCCGAAAGGUAUUUUUCACAAAAUAAAACUCUGGUUCUUCCUAUUUUUGAGUUGAUGUUUGUGUGGAAUUUAUUCCGCAUUAUUGGAAAGCGUUCGGACCUAAUAGUUGAUGUUUAUAAAAUAAUUGAAGCUGAAGAGAAAACUUUAAACCAAACACAAAAACAGAAAUAUACGGCCGAUAAUUUAGGAUUAUUAUUACUAAUAAAAGGAACAUGUUUACGUCAAAUGAAACUUCCUCUACAAGCAGAAGAUUGUUUGAAACGUGUUAUUGAAAUGGAAAAAGAAAUUAAGGAAGAUUGUUACCUAGUUCCUUACGCUAUGGUUGAACUAGCGGUACUCGCGCGUGAUAGAAAUGAUAAUCAAGGAGCUGUCAAUCUUUUAGAAGACGCAAAAAAAAAUUAUACAGGAUAUUCAUUAGAGUCAAGAUUGCAUUUUAGAAUUCAUGCUGAAUUGAUGGAUCUCAACAAUCAAACCAGUAAUUCAAUAACGCCUACAUCUGCUAUCGUCAGAUCCGGCAGUUUAAAAUCUUCGUGCUCAUCAGCAGCGAACUCUAACACUAAAAUUGCUACGACAUUAAAUGAUGACUCAAGAGUUUUAGUAACAAAAUUCACCAAAAUUACUGAAUUAAAUAGUUGAAGUCUAAAC